CAGCUGUCAGUUCGCGUUGAAAAAGUGUAAUGUCACUAGUUUUUCAGUGGAGCGCACGGAUUACGGAACGGUCGUCGUCGUCGUCGUCGUAGUCUCCGGGGAAAGCUGAAAAGGUCGGUUCCUCCCGAAGCGAAAGAGUGCCGCGGUGUCCACGUCGUCGUCGGAACCAGUGUGACCGCGAUUCCGGGAUUGCGGUGAUAUUCUUUCUGAAACGGGGAAAUAAAAAAGAGUUUCGGGUUCAAAAUUUCUCUCCUCUUCCUUUCGAGAGGGUGGUGAAAAGAGAAAAGUGGCCAACUCCAGCACGGUGUGGCUGCGUGUGUGUGAGUGUGGUGUACGUGUGCGUCUGGCUGGCUGGUGUGGCCCCCCUUUGCCCUCCUCCCACCGGCCCUCCCCCUAGCGGAGUUUGUCCAAGAAGCAGCAGAAAUAGCUGAAAAAAGUUUUUCCUCUGCGGAGUGUCGUCGCCGAGAUCCCGUUGGAUUGUGGGGUGGCCUCGGGUCUGCCGCUGCUGCCAUUUUGUGCCCACUCCCCGCCGUGCAAGCGGUUUCUACCGGAACGAACCCGGACAGGGGUCCAGAAAGAGAAGGGAGCUUAAGAGUUGGGAGAUCCGGAACAGCACCGGUCACUGUUGGAUUAGAACCAGAGAGCAAGAAGGCUGCUAGCGAACCAUGUCGUCGUCGGGCGAUUUCGGCAAUCCGCUGCGGAAGUUCAAGCUGGUCUUUCUGGGCGAACAGAGCGUGGGUAAAACCUCGCUAAUCACCCGGUUUAUGUACGACAGCUUCGACAACACAUACCAGGCAACCAUCGGAAUAGACUUCCUGUCGAAAACGAUGUACCUCGAGGACCGAACAGUGAGAUUACAGCUGUGGGACACCGCCGGCCAGGAACGGUUCCGAUCGCUGAUACCCUCGUACAUCCGGGACUCGACCGUGGCGGUAGUCGUGUACGAUAUUACAAACGCCAACUCGUUUCACCAGACGUCCAAGUGGAUCGAUGACGUCCGGACGGAGCGCGGCAGCGACGUGAUCAUCAUGCUCGUCGGCAACAAGACGGACCUCUCGGACAAGCGCCAGGUGUCGACGGAGGAGGGCGAGCGGAAAGCGAAGGAGCUCAACGUGAUGUUCAUCGAGACGAGUGCGAAGGCGGGCUACAAUGUGAAACAGCUUUUCCGACGAGUGGCCGCCGCCCUGCCCGGCAUGGACUCGACCGAGAACAAACCCCCAGAAGACACCGUCGAUUUGCAGACUCAACCCUCGGCUUCUGGCGACCAGCAGGACUCGGAAGGUGGCUGCAUGUGUUAAAACUGGGACUGAGCGGUCAGCGGAAUGCAGAUACAUUGAUAUGGAAGAAUAUCCUACGAAGAAAACAAAAAUGACGAAGCAGAGCAGCGCAGCAACAAGCAGCAGUGUGUAUUAUUAGCUUUGCCCAGGUUUUGGUCGAGACUUUUUUUGUACUAUUAAUUUAUAAAUGUGGAGAGCAGCAGCUCCUCAGAUACAAUAAAAUAUAAAAUACUAAAAUUAAAAUAGGGGAAAAUAUGGAAGAAGAAAAAUCAAAAACUGAACAGAGUUUCUCCUUUGCAAACGCAAGCUAGUGGCAAAUAAAAAAACGAAAGAGUUCAAUUAAAGAAGGAAAACCUAGGAUUUACCAAUUUAGCUAUGCAGUAACCAAAGCGAACAUUCAUAUUUAAAA